AUGGCUGCUUAUAAGCCAAUAUGCUACUAUGUGAUGAACAAUGGUUGCAUGGAGGAGAAAAAUGCCUUAUUCGAGAGACCCGACGAGGAUAUAAAGAGUCAUCUUAAGCCUCUCUUUAUUACUAGGAAGAUCGAAGAUGUCCCCAUUAAUAAAAUCUUAGUGGACUGCGACACAACGGUCAAUUUGAUAUUGCACCACAUACUGAGAAAAAUUGCCAAGUACGACACAGAUGCCAAACCCCACAAUAUGGUGCUUUCCAAUUAUGAGGGAAAUGUGGGUUUCACCCUUGGUGUAAUCCAGGUCAAGUUAACGGUAGGAACGGUCACCAGAUCCAUAAUUUUUAUGAUUGUGGAGACGAAGGAGCGUCAGGAGUUGGACCCACAGGUUGGGGAAGCGAAUUUAGUGUUGAUGAUUGAGUUUGAAGCGCUAAAAAGGAUUUCGGCUUACAUAACUGAAAACAAGCAGCAAUCGGCAUUGGAGGCUGAAGUAAAAAACAUGGUUGUCGAAGCCAGUAAAGAGUUCCAUCAAAUAGGUCCUGGAAAGGACUUCGUUCCAGAGCCACCUGAUAAGGUUCAAAACAAAGAUCAAGGCCAGAGGCUCGACGCUAUCUAUGAUGAUGAGCCUUUAGGUUUCGAUCGAAGUAGUCCAGUUGUUAAAGAAGUUAAAGACUAUUUCGCGUGGGACUAUGAUGAGAUGCCUGGUUUGAGCAAAGAUCUGGUCGAGUUGAAGCUUCCAAUCAAGCCUGGAAAAAAGCAUAUCAAACAGAACCCAAGGCAAUUUGCACUUGCAAUUCUCUCGAAGAUCAAAGAGGAGGUUGAAAGGCUUCUUCGCAGUAACUUCAUCCGUACAGCCAGGUAUGUCAAAUGGUUAGCUAAUAUUGUGCCUGUUAUUAAAAAUAAUGGUACUUUAAGGGUUUGCAUAGACUUUAGAGAUUUAAAUACUGCAACCCCAAAGGAUGAAUAUUCAAUGCCGGUGGCGGAAAUGCUAGUCAAUUCUGUUGUAGGCCACGAGUAUCUUAGCAUGCUCGAUGGGUAUUCUGGAUAUAAUCAGAUAUUUAUUGCGGAAGAGGAUGUCCCAAAAACGGAAUUUCGAUGCUCUGGAGCCUUGAGCACCUAUGAAUGA